CCACUCCUCAUGACGACUUCACAGACGAGCUUUCUACUCUUACACUCCUACGAGUCGAAGUUAGUUCGUCACAGUCAGUCCGAUAGCGAUCAUAAUACAUUAAUAUAUAUACCAAUUAGUUACUUUCAAACACGACGGAUCGCACUUGUAAAGCGCAUAAAAUGUCACACGACGAAGAUUCCCAGAAGUGGAUGAAAGAUGUUACGUCAGGGAUUAUUAAGAAUCUUGGACUGGACAUCGAAAAAGUUCGGUACAAGGUAUCUGAACCUACCAAGAAAUUUACAUCUACAAUAUAUUACAUACUCCUGCAGUUUGAAAACAAAACAAAGGAACAGAACAAGGAACUUUCUGUAAUAGUGAAGAAAGUCUUGCAAACCUUUUCUCCGAUAUUGCGCAUCGAUCUUCAAUUUCACAACGAAAUUCUGUUCUAUCAAAUGUACACCCGACCGGACGAAAACUACCCGAGAUGCCUCUACGUCGACGAACGGCCGCCAGCCGAUGCGGUGAUUGCCCUAGAGAACGUCAACAAACGAGGAUAUUAUCCUUGUUCGUAUAAGUGCAAUGUUUCUUUAGAAUAUACAUUGGCAGCGAUGCGCGAGCUCGGACGAUUCCACGGCAAAGGAUACGCCAUGAAGACGCUACAGCGGGACAAGUUCUUCGAUAUCGUGACGCGAAUUGAAGAAGUUCGGUAUUGCGGUACCGAACAGACAACGGAAAACAAAUUCGAAAUCAUAUGCAAUAGUAAUUCGACACGAGCAAUAGAAUAUCUUCGCAAUCACGGUCACGAUACAGUUUUCUGCGAUAAAAUGGAAGCCUUGCUCUCGAACGCGUUUAACGAAGUGAUGAUGAAGACGGUAAAACCGCUGGAACCCUUGUCCACGUUGUGCCAUGGCGAUUUUACAUUGGACAAUAUUUUCUUCAAGACGGAGGACGAUGGACAAUAUCGUGCGAUGCUGAUCGACUUCGCAUUGUUUAGAUACUCAACGCCCGUUGUCGAUCUUUCCACGUUCUUUUGCCUAUGCUGUUCGAAUGAAAUGACGAAAGACAAGUUCUUCGAGAUAAUGCGAGUCUAUCACGAUGCGUUGAAAGAAUACUUGUUGGAAGCUGGCGUUUGGGACAUGGAGAAAUAUUCAUACGAAGCUUUGUUGGACGAUUACAGAAGAGGUGGUCUUUUCGGCUUUGUUAUCGCGACCUUUUUUCUACCGGUAAUAUUGGGGUUUCAUAAGUCAGAAAUAGUGUUGUCCGACAUGUUGCGUUUCGAUGCGUUGGAACGUAUGAAGCGAAAAAAGUACGAUGACGAAAUGUGUAAGAUAUUAGCUGACAUGUUACUAAAUCUGAGAGAUUUUGGCUGUUUGAAACAUAUUUUAUAGUCAUGUGAAAUAAUUCUAACAAAGUAUAGACCUAUAUAUCGAUUAACUGUGACGUAUGUAUCGAGAUAUUUUUAAAUGAUCACGCGUUAGGAACAUAUAAUGUAUAAAAGAGCUAUGGCGAUCACGGACAGAUAGAUUGUUAAUAUUAUUUCGUGAGAUUAUGCCGGUACUAUAGCGGCGUAAUUUAGAAUCACGAAUAAGCACCUCGCACGAAUUCCCUUUAAACCGACAGAUUGCUUUUUCACACGAAUAGAUUAACAUUUUUGCUUAUAAAUUUGUGCAGUAAAAAUUUUCUCUAUUGUCAAAUAAAAAUAUCAAAAAUAUGCAAGUAAAGAGAAAUAUUUUUUUUCUCUUUUUAUAUUGUCUUCGCUAAUGAGCACAUUACAUAAAAAUUCAUAAAAAAAAUGCACUGAGUAGUGAUUUCAAAUUAUAUUACUAUAAAUAACACUGUCACGAAAUAAUAUUACCCAUGAUCAUUAGAGGUUUUUACGUGGUACAUUACAUUAUCUUACAAUUAGUAUGCUUGCUACCAAAUUGUCUAUUCAAACUCCAGCAAUUUAAUUAAGCAGUAGCGUAAUCAUAAAAGAGAAAAGCAUUAUUUAAUCUUCCGAAACAAUCCUGCAUUUGAAAUAGAAAGGAAAAAAAUUUAAUUUUAUAUUCCCCGUGUAUACGCCCAUGCACGUACAUUUCAUAGUAUACUCUUGUAUAUUCGGGUGUAAGUUUUAAAUUUACUGUUUAAAAUAAACCGUUCGGUAAAACAGAAUAUGGUUAACAGAUUUAACGUACAUCGCGGAAAUGAAACAACGUGGAUAAGAAGCAGAUUUAAACUAAAUCCCGCUUAUAUGUAUGCGCGAUACUCAAAACAGGCGCGGUAUUGUGGCAGUGCCCUGUGCACAUUGCUGAAAUUAUUCUUUCGUCCGUGCAAGUCCGGAUCUGCCUUUCAAAUAAAGAGGCGCCCCGUACGCUCCGAAUAACUUUGUCAUUUCCAUAUAUUUUUCCAAGCUAGCGGUAGCAUUUAUCACGAAGCUAACUUACGCCGGAGGUUCAUGCACAGUCAAAUUUUCUUCUGUAUUAGUGUAAAAAGUUAAAGAGCGAUCCAGCAAAGUACUACAAGUCAUAUUUUAUGACGUAGCUCUAGAAUUAUACUGUACAUUCCGAUUAAAGGAAAUAUUAUUGUAUAUUGUAAGAAUAAAAAAUUAAGAAUCCGUUUUAUAGAUAUAAUAUUACAUUUAACGUUUCAUUUUUACCAAUUGCACAACAUUGCGAAUAUGAUUGCGUAAUAAAUAGAUGUGAUUAGAUACAAAAUGUUAGAUUAGUUACAGUCACGUAUGUUUCACAAUAUUUUAUCAUGAUCGUAACGCUAAGUCAAGAUUGAAAGUCUUAAUGUAUUUUAAAAAGCUGAUGUAACAUUAACAAAAAUUAUAAGUACAAACAUAUUAUUUUGAGAAUAAUUAAAAGUGUUAAUAAAAAAUGUUACAGUCGCUAUAUGGUACAUGUACAAUUAUCCGCAUCAGUUUAUAUAAUUAUAUGUAUAAUUAUUCUUUCAUAAAAAAUUUUAAAACUUCUGAA